GCUAGCCGCGUGGCUAGCUCCGUUAGCUCUUCGUGUGACAGGAGACCCGGCGGAGCCCGAGCGAUGCUUCUAUCCGGCUAGACGGCGCCUCGGCCGGCCCGGCGCUCCGCGGCUGUUCGCUUCGGUGCCAUGGCGGAGGAGGAGGAGCAGUCGGCGGCGCUGCGGGCGCAGGGCGGCGGGCUGUGCCCGGUGUCGGUGGUCUGCUGCCUGCUGCUGGCCUGCUCCUAUGUGGGCAGCCUGUACGUGUGGAGGAGCGAGCUGCCGAGAGACCACCCUGCUGUGAUCAAGAGACGCUUCACCAGCGUCCUCGUCGUGUCCGGCCUGUCUCCUGUCUUCGUCUGGACGUGGAGGGAGUUUACUGGAGUGGAGACUGGGUCGUCCCUGCUGGCUCUCAUGGGGAUCCGCUUCGAAGGCCUCAUUCCUGCCAUCAUACUUCCUCUGCUCCUCACAAUGGUGCUGUUCCUGGGCCCCCUCAUGCAGCUGGCCCUGGACUGUCCCUGGAGCUUCCUGGACGGGAUGCGGGUGGUGUUUGACCCGUGGUUCUGGACGCUGUGCGCCAGCGACAUGCGCUGGCUGAGGAACCAGGUGGUGGCGCCGCUGACGGAGGAGCUGGUGUUCCGGGCCUGCAUGCUGCCCAUGCUGGUGCCGUGCGCGGGGGCCGCCGCCGCCAUCUUCACCUGCCCCCUGUUCUUCGGAGUGGCCCACUUCCACCACGUCAUCGAGCUGCUGCGCUUCAGGCAGGGCACGCUGUCGGGGAUCUUCCUGUCUGCAGUGUUUCAGUUCUCCUACACGGCGGUGUUCGGGGCCUACACCGCCUUCAUCUUCAUCCGGACAGGCCACCUGGUGGGCCCGGUGCUGUGCCACUCCUUCUGUAACUACAUGGGCUUCCCGGCCAUCGGCGCGGCGCUGGAGCACCCGCGGCGCCUCAGCGUCCUGACCUGCUACCUGCUGGGGGUGCUGCUCUUCCUGCUCUGCCUCUUCCCCUUCACCGACCCCGCCCACUACGGCCUGCCCACCCCCGUCUGCAGCCUGGCCUCCCCCCCCAGCCCCCUCUGCCUCUCCUGAUCCCAGUCUGAGGCCGGGUCUGAGGCCCUGCUGGUCUCUGGACGGCGUCCGUCCCGCUGAGGGGCCGAGGAUGCCACCUCAGGCGGUCCGGCUCCAGGGAUCCGGUGGGAUCUGUUCACAGAGGUUUGGUAAGAUCAAAUAAAACGGACUCUUCAGGGUCGUGAACCCCUCCAGCUUAUCUGGUUCAGACCCCAUUCCGAACCGCAGUAGCAGCAGUCAGAUGUUGGACUGCAGCUUCUCGAAGCGUCUCUGUGCUUCAGAGGCUUCUUCUGGAAAUGUGAUUAUUUUUAGACACACUGAAGCCAGCAGGAGGAGGGACUGCAGGUGUGACCAGACGGUUUCCUGCUGUGUUCACGCUACUACACACUUCCUGUUUGGAAACCAGAGCGGCUCCACCUGGACGAGGCACGGUUUGAUUCCUGUAGGAGCGAGCAGGGACUGGGUGCCACGGAGGACUGACUGGAGCCGCUCUGGGUUUUCAGCUCAGUGGGGGUGGGGCUCCUCCUGAGCUGCCUGCUCCAGCGUUCCUGUUCAUCGCUGCAGUACUGCUGGCUGCCAUGUGAGGGCGGCGUGCUCCGGCUUCUGGUCCAGAUGGAAGCGGGCGGUCCAGCUGUUUGGAGCCUGUUCUGCUCCUGUCCUGGAUUCCAGUUGUAGUGACCUGAUGCCUCUGUUAGCUAGCUGAUGGCUCACUGCUGCCCCCUGCUGCCACUCCAGCCGGCGUCAGAAAGCCUGCACCAGCAACCCAGUUCAGCAGCCAUUUCUGUUUUAGUUUGAGUUCAUUCUUCAUUAUCAGACUUUUUUAUGUUUUCUGAGAAAGGUGAACAUGUUCCACAGACUCUCACCGUUCAGCUUAUAGAACGUGUCUAACGGAUCAUUAUUAUUUAAAAACGACGUGGGGACAGUCCGGGGACGGCUCUGCUGCAGCCGUCGCUCUGAAAACUGAAGAACCUCUGAAUAAACUCCAUGCUGGAGCUCCGGUCGCCGCCGCGGAUUAUAUUCAGCUUCUCUAGCCUCACUGCCUGGAAGUGACCUAACAGGAAGUAGGUCUAACAGGAAGUGACCUAACAGGAAGUAGGUCUAACAGGAUGUAGCUCUAACAGGAAGUAGGUCUAACAGGAAGUAGGUCUAACCAGAGCGUCUGUCCCUGUGUGGCCUGCAGCAGCGGAGUGAACAUGUCAUCCUCAUCCUCACUCCGCUCUGGUCGUGGGUUCCAGCCUGUUGGCUUGGUACAGCUGGGAACUCUGGGAAAGGCGGGUUGUGUGUGCUGCAUGCGGCCAGCUGGGCUUGGCCGGUGCUGAAGGGCGGUCAGGCUGCUGGACGCCAUGACCAGGAUCCGCCGGCGCAGCUCCGUGCACGGCCGCGACACCAUCCAGCCCCGCGACACCAUCCAGCCCCGUGCACGGCCGCGACACCAUCCAGCCCCGUGCACGGCCGCGACACCAUCCAGCCCCGUGCACGGCCGCGACAGCAUCCAGGACCUUCAGAAGGAGACGGUUCCUUCAUGGUUCUGCUCUUCAGGUCAAACAGCAGCAGCGCUGCGACCCCGAGCAGCUGUGGUUCAGGUGUGACGUGGAGGCGGGCAGGUCAGGAUGACCUUGCGGCGUUGCUGACGGCUCCGUCUUCGCCUGGUCUUGUUGACGAGUCAGAAUGUCCCCGGAGCGUGAGCCUCCUCAGGUCCGGUCUUCAUCCUCUGUGACUGGCCUGAAGGCUGCUGGGGCUGUGCCGGGGCUCCAGGUCUGGAGUGCUUCUCUGAGUGCAGAGCGGAGUCUGGCUCAUGCAGCUCCUGUGUUGAUCAAGUGAAGCUCGUCCAGUGAUCGUCCUUUGUCUCAUCCAGUAGUUUUUACGUUCUGUUGCACCAGAUGAAGAUUUCUGCUUCUUAACGAGUCGAAGUUCUGUAAAGGUUUUGUACCGUGACAGAGGUGACAGGCUGCAGAGGUGGACGACUUCCUGAGGGGGGGGUCGCAGUCCUGGAGGGUCUUCCAUGGUAACGGGGACGCUGGGUCCAGUCCAGGUAACCUUUGGCAGGUAGUAUGUCUGAAUUGUUGGUUGUAGUUCCCUGAAUGUGCCAGCAGAGGGCGGUCUCACCGCUGGGACGUGUUGAGCUGAAGCAGUCCUGGUUGAAAACAUCGUUUUGAAGGCAUUUGUGACCCACCACGUCCAGUCCUGGUCCACCAGGCCCCGCCUGGAGCGGGUCAUACAGCGUCCUCCCAGAUGGACGACAGACCUGAGAGCUCAUCAGGUUCUGGUCCUCCCUGAGCAGAGUGUUUACCUGCUGGAGGUCUGCUCUGAUGGUGCUCAGACAUCUCCACCUUCCGCUGGAUCAAGAGCCGGCCUCCGCCCUGCGCCCCCCCCCCCCCCCGGGCUCCGCCCUGCGCCGCCCCUCCAGGGUCCUGUCUGAACAACUGUGGACCGCCUCCCCUCUGGUGUUUGCUCUCAGGGUUUCCUCAGACACCGUCCACUUCUUCUGCUUGGUGUCAUUCCUGUUCCCUGCUUCCUACUUCCUGUUUCCUGUUACGUCAUCAGAUAUCAGCAGAUACUCCAAGGUAAAUGAGCUGGACUCGGCCAAACAGAUGUGGUGGAACUAUUGUCAACGGCGUGGAGGGGAAACAGGAAUCUGAAAUGUAGAAGAUGUUCUGAGAAGGCUGUUUUUCCCGGCAUCAUCCCGUCUGAGUCCAGUGAGGAUCCGCAGUGGAACUGGUCCAGAACCCGUCAGUCGGAACGAGUGUCACAACAGCAGUAUAUGUUCUAGAGAUGGGAGCCAAGGAGGCCAUGUUCUCAGUCCAGAGUCUCCUGGUCCUGGUCCUGGCCCUGGCCCUGGCCCUGGCCCUGGCCCUGGUCCUGGUUCCAGUCCACAGUCUUGGGUCACCAUAACAACAAUCCAGCUUGGUGUUCUGUCCAUUUGAAUGUCUGAGUUCUCCACUGUAGAGUGUUGUUCUCGGGUGUUGUUCAGACUGUUCUCUGAGUUUCCUUCCUCUUCAGAACUUGGCCCAGCAGUGUUGCUUCCUGAACGGGAGCCAUGUUCAGACCCUGUUUUCCCUGGCUCCGCUGAGCAGGACCUUUAUUUUGAAGGCGUGCUGUUGAGUGUGAGGUGGGUGGGAGUCCUGCAGUGGCGGUCUUAGCUUGCGUUGUGCCAUGUCCUGCCGUGUGGUUCCGUGGCGCUCAGGCCCGUCGCCGCCGCCCCGCUGGGUUUAUUGUAGAUGUUGUGGAGAUGAGAUGAGAUGAGAUGCAGCUCCUGGGAACUGGAUCUGUUUCCACCCGGACUGAAAGCUGGACGGUUUUCAGCAGAUCUUAAAUUCUCGUCUUGGAUAAUUCUUCAAACAUUGGUGUCAUUGAGGCGCCACUCUCUCAGACGGCUGCUUGUUCGGUGAAGCAUUUCUGAAAACCUUCCACUCGAAACAUCUUUGCCAGAUUUGGUUCCAGUUACAGGCCGGUACCUGGACUCUGCCUCAGGUCCAGUCCAGGCUUCUAAGCUGAGGUGCAGCGUGGUGUUUUCAUGACCACAGCCCUCCUCAUUCCACUGUUAGCUGUGACGUUCGGCAGCUAGCCAGCUAGCCGCAGCCUGUUAGCACGCAGGAUGUAGCGUCUUGUCUGAAGUGAGGACACCGACUCCCGCUGCUCCGGCUGGCUUCCUAAAGCGGCCAGCAGGGGGCGCCCUGGCCAGCCGCCGCCUGGCCUCCGGCCGACCGCAGCAGAGCGCCGUCUAUUUUUGUGAAGCUGAAGCAGCAGAGGAAGAGCCGGAGCUCCGGGACGUCCACACAGAGCUCUUCUAUAUUUUGUACUCAGAUCUAUUUUGGUGACAGGAAGUGAGUGUGUAGAGUGUGUGGAUGUGUGCAUGCGGUUCAGCCGGCUGCGGCCCACCUGCUGUACAGUUCGAGGUAGAAAACACAGAAAAUGUUUUACUCUGACAAUCUUUGGAAACACUGAAAAUGUUAUCUAUUUGUGAAUAAAGAAAGUGGUUUUCUACUCUGCUUUUUGAAA